AUGGCCAAUUGCAAGCCGGUCGACACGCCAGCCGAUGCCAAGCCCAAAGCUUCAAGAUCCGAUGGCAAGCCCAUUGACGACGUCACCGCCUACCGCAGCAUCGCCGGAGCACUCCAGUACUUGACGAUUACCCGCCCCGACAUCGCAUACGCCGUCCAACAGGUCUGCCUCCACAUGGACGCGUCGCGCGAUGUUCAUCAGACGAUGCUGAAACGGAUUCUGCGCUACAUCAAGGGCACGCCAACGCUCGGAGUUCAGCUUGGCACUGCAUCGACACCAACGAUCACAGCGUACUCUGACGCCGAUUGGGCAGGGUGCCCAGAUACACGGCGUUCAACGUCAGGGUUCUGCAUCUUCUUCGGCAACUCACUCGUCUUGUGGUCCUCGAAGCGGCAAAACACGGUGUCUCGGUCGAGCGCAGAAGCGGAGUACCGCGCCAUCGCCAACUCGGUUUCCGAAUGUUCCUCGUUACGGCACUUGCUCGGAGAACUACUCUGCCCAGUCUCCACGGCAACGGUGGCGUACUGCGACAACAUCUCGUCCGUGUACAUGGCGCGCAACCCCGUCCACCAUCGCCGCACCAAGCAUAUCGAGCUAGACAUCCACUUCGUUUGGGAGAAGGUCACCAUUGGAGAGCUCCGAGUCACCCACAUCCCAAGUGCGCGGCAGCUGGCCGACGGCACUGUUCUACGACUUCUGGGACAGCCUCUCCGUCGUGCAAUCACUGACGUCGAGACUGGGGGGGUGUGUGUGUGUGUGUGUUAG